AUGACAAGAUUUCAUCCUUACCAUGGGCAGAACAUUUGCCUUCUCCGUGACAACAUGGUGGCAUACAGAGAAACAAGCUUUGCACAUGCAAUAACAUUCAGUGAAAAGCCCCUUAGACCAGGAGAUAUAUUCCUUGUUGAAAUAGAGAAGAACGAACGUGGGUGGAGUGGGCACAUGAGGAUAGGACUAACGCAAUUCAAUCCCGCUGAUCACUUUGAAUUACCACAGUAUGCACUUCCAGAUCUCCAUAACAUGGGCAAAUCAUGGAUAUUUGCUGUGACUAAAUCUCAUAACAAAGUCAUGUUGGAUGAGGAGGGGGACACUGAUAAUGGUGAUGAACCGUACCAGUCCGUCAUAGGUGAGACGGACAUCAUACAGACCCCGCAAGGCUCGUUUAGUCACAGCUUAUUGUUACCUUUAAAACAACUGUUUCCUUUAAAUAAAAGUAGAAAUAAUUCAUAUAAUGUGCCCAAAAAGAAUUUGUUGGCAACAGAUGUGGGCAGUAGGAUUGGUAUAAUGUAUAAAGUGAACGGUGACACGGCCGAAAUGAGGUUCAUAAUCAAUGGGGAGGAUCAGGGGCCAUGCGCUCGCUACAUUCCUUACCAAGAGGGAAACCUUCAUGCAGUUGUAGACGUCUAUGGAACCACCAAACAAGUGCGAAUUGUUCAGCUUUAUGGAGGGGUUGUCAGUAAUUACUUUGUCAGGAACUCAGUUGUCAGUAAUUCAAAGUGUCAGGAAUUUAGGUUGUCAGGAAUUUAA